AUGAGCACCUUCAAUCUGAACCCUGGAGAAAUAUAUCGAGACGAGAAUGGUCAGCUUUACGCGGUGGAGUAUUUACCUGUGCCUGAACUAGCACAAGACCAGGCGCCUCCUCCACCGCCGCCACCACCACCUCCACCAGCAGCAGCAGCUACUGCUCCCACUGCACCGUCACAGCGACAGCCUCCCCCCUGGUCGAUCCCUCCACCGCCACCAGUUCCUCGGGGGAUGUACUACACGAAUGCAGAAAAACAGCGACUGAGAAACGGGGAAGUUGACGCCGUAGCUCUGGCUAAGUCGACAAAGCCCGCCGACAGACGGCUGAUGGCCAAGCUGGCCUUCUGGUGCCCCGAUAAAUUCCAAGCUCUCAAAGACUACUACCAGCCGGCCUGGGCGUCCGCCUUGAUUGAAGAUAACCCCGUCGUCAUGCCGGCCUCGUGGUACCAGCCCGAGAUAGCGGGCAAAACCUUGCGCCGAGUCGAAGGGCCCGUCGCCCGACAGGGCGAGGUCGUGGUCCGGGUGCGAGACCGCCAUGGUUGCGAGGGCACUUGGGUCGUGAGGAUGUUCCAGAGCAUGGUCGUCGUCAUGGUCUCAGCAUGCAGGGAUUUGGGUCACGAUGUUUACACCACAAAAUUCAUGUACGACGGCGCGUUGAUCGGCUGGGGAGCCACGCCUGCAGACCUCGGCAUGGAGGACCGGGAGAUCGUUGAGCUGUAUGAUUAG